UCGCGCUCUCACUCUCACUCUCACAGGCUCUCACACUCUCACCUCUCUACCUCACUCACCUUCACCACACAGUCACCGCCUCGUCUCCGCGCCUCUCGCCGGAAACUCUGCCUCGUCUCUGUGCCGCCAGUUGUUGAUCGUCGUCCGCGCCCCUGCUCGCCUCCGUCUGUGUCGUCCCGGCCGUGUUGGCUCCGCUGUGGCACGCCUUCUCUGCAUCCGCCUCCGCUUCGUGCCUCCUCUGUCUCUUCUUCCUCCGUUGUUGCCCUCGUGUUGGCUCCCUCCUCUGCCGGGUCUGCUCUGCUUGUGCCGGAGCCCUGCUCAUGCGGCCACCAUCUCCUCGCCGGUGGCCUGCCUCUGCAACGGUGGAACAGCCCCAACCCGUCCCUGACUGCUGACUUUUGUUCUACUUCUGGCCUUCUGCAGUGUAGAGGCUGCAGCUUGGUACAAUUGAAGCUGCUGAAGUUUAUAUUUCAAUGAUUUGCAAUUAAAGGACUAUCUUUAGCUUGAUAUGUCUCUUAUGGGUUAAGAACUGUGGCAAGAUGGUUUUAAUUUCCAAACAUAAAAGAUCAUGGACGAGACACAAGAAGAUGCAGGCCCGUCAGAGCAAGGGUCCUCUAAUGUUUCAUGGUGGCCUUCUGACUUUGUUGAAAAAUUUGGAUCUGUUUCAUCGGCCUUAAACAAUAAAGAACCCCCUAGACAUUCUGGUAAUGAUAUUUUGUCACCUAGAAAGCAUCAGAAAUUGUCUGGAGCACAGGGAUUCAACAAGAUCCAAUUCCAAAUGAAUUUUAUUCAAUCAUUCCGCAUGAGUUGCGCGCGCGAGGCCAAAAAACUCCAUGCCCGCAUUGUGAAGACCAAAGGAUCUUGGCACUCAGACAACUCCUCCAUUCUCUCACUCUACACCAACCUCAACCUCUUCCAUGAUUCAAUCCUCCUCUUCCGUUCCCUUCGUUCCCCUCCUCCUCUUGCUUGGAGCUCCAUCAUCAAGUGCUACACUUUCCAUGGCUUCUUCCACCAUUCCUUCUCUUCCUUUAGUCAAAUGAGGGCACUUGGCAUUCGCCCUAACCGCCACGUCUUCCCUUCUCUCCUUAAAGCCUGCGCCCUCUUGAAGGACUUCUACCUCGGCCAAUCUCUUCAUGCCUGCAUCCUUCGCCUCGGCUUCGAUUUUGAUUUGUACACAGCCAAUGCCUUGAUGAAUAUGUACUCUAAGUUUCAUGGCUUGGGGGGCUGUGCAGGUAAGGUGCUUGAUGGAUUGUCUGAGAGAGGCAGAGCCAACUGCAGCACCAUGGCUGUUGUCACUAUGAACAUAGAUAAUGUCAGAAAGGUAUUUGAUAGAAUGCCGGUGAGGGAUGUUGUUUCUUGGAGCACUGUCAUUGCUGGAAAUGCUCAAAAUGGCAUGUAUGAGGAAGCGUUGGCCUUGGUCAGGGAGAUGGCUGGAGCCCACUUGAAGCCUGAUGCCUAUACUUUGUCAAGCAUUCUCCCUAUCUUUGCAGAGCAUGCUGAUCUUAUUAAAGGAAAGGAGAUUCAUGGAUAUGCUAUCAGAAAUGGGUUGGAUGCGGAUGUUUUCAUUGGAAGCAGCUUAAUUGACAUGUACGCAAAAUGUACUCGCGUCGAAUACUCGCUUCGUUCCUUCUACCUCUUGCCCAAGAGAGAUGCUAUUUCCUGGAACUCUAUCAUUGCAGGCUCUGUGCAGAAUGGUAAAUUCGAUCAGGGGCUCAUGUUCUUCCGCCAAAUGUUGAAGGACAAAGUCAAACCCAUGCAUGUUUCCUUCUCCAGUGUAAUACCGGCUUGUGCUCACUUGACUGCCCUCAGUUUGGGGAAACAGAUCCAUGGAUAUAUAAUUAGAAUUGGAUUUGAUGAUAAUAAAUUUAUAGCGAGCUCUCUGAUGGAUAUGUAUGCCAAAUGUGGCAACAUCAAGAUGGCUAGAUAUAUUUUUGACAAAAUAGAGGCGAAUGACAUGGUAUCAUGGACCGCCAUCAUUAUGGGAUGCGCUAUGCAUGGCCAUGCUCUUGAUGCAGUUUCCUUCUUUCAGCAGAUGCUAAUGGAUGGAGUAGAGCCCAACUAUGUGGCAUUUAUGGCUGUUCUAACGGCUUGCAGUCAUGCAGGGUUGGUAGAUGAAGCUUGGAAGUAUUUCUACAGUAUGGAACAGGAGUUUGGUAUUACUCCUGGCCUGGAGCACUAUGCUGCUGUUGCCGACUUGCUUGGCAGAGCUGGAAGAUUGGAGGAAGCCUAUGACUUUAUCUGCAAAAUGAGAGUUCAACCGACCGGAAGUGUAUGGUCGACAUUGUUGGCUGCUUGUAGGGCUCAUAAGAAUGUUGAAUUAGCCGAGAAGGUUCUCGACAAGAUAAUUUUGGUCGAUCCUGAAAACAUAGGUGCUUAUAUUUUGAUGUCAAACAUCUAUUCAUCAGCUCAAAGAUGGAAAGAUGCUUCAAAGUUGAGAACCUACAUGAGGAAAAAGGGCUUGAAGAAGACUCCAGCAUGCAGCUGGAUUGAAGUUGGAAACAAAGUCCAUACUUUUACGGCUGGAGAUAAAUCACAUCCAUAUUACGACAAAAUAAACGAGGCAUUGUAUGUAUUAUUGAAGCAGAUGGAAAAAGAAGGUUAUGUUCUUGACACAAGUGAGGCACUUCAUGAUGUUGAUGAGGAACACAAACGUGACUUGUUACUCACCCACAGUGAGAGGCUUGCUAUAGCAUUUGGCAUCAUUAGCACUCCUGCAGGUACAACUAUCCGUGUAAUAAAGAAUAUUCGGGUUUGUGUGGACUGCCAUACAGCAAUUAAGUUUAUUGCAAAGAUUGUUAGCAGGGAAAUCAUUGUCAGGGAUAAUAGCAGAUUUCACCAUUUUAAGAAUGGAUCUUGUUCAUGUGGAGAUUAUUGGUAAUAUUAAUGUAGCAACUAUGGUUGAAGUCCCAGAAUAUAGUGGUUUUUUAUUCUUAAGUUUAUAAUUGAAAAGAAUUAACCUCCAUGACCUGAUCCUUUA